GCCCCGCCUCCGCCUGACCCGGAUACAGACGGCGCUGCCUCCCCGCCGGCCCACGGGGGAACGUGGAGCGGGGCCGGCCCCGCCGCCGCAGAGGGAGCGGAGCGCCCCGGCCGCGCCAUGGGGCUGUGGUGAGCGCCCGGUGCCGCCGCCCGCCCCGCCGCCAUGGCCCCCAUGGGGAUCCGCCUCUCGCCGCUCGGCAUGGCCGUGUUCUGCCUGCUGGGGCUGGGCGUCCUCUACCACCUCUACUCCGGCUUUCUGGCCGGCCGCUUCGCCUUCUUCAUGCUGAGCGAGCCGGCGGCCGGCGGGGCCGAGACCCCCCGCGGCUCCGCGCCCGCCGGCGCCGUGGACCUGCGGGAGCUGCUGGCCGUGUCCGUCCUGGCCGCCGUCAGGGGCGGGGAGGAGGUGAAGCGGGUCCGUGAGGGCAACGUCCUCAACGCCAAGGCGAAGGGGAAGACGCGGGAGGGGGCCGAGGAGCAGCUGACGAGCGGCGACCUCCUCUCCAACCGCAGGAUGUUCUACCUGCUGAAGGGCGCCUUCCCCGACGUGCAGAUAAACUCUGAAGAGCGUGUUGAUACAGCUGAUCAGGAGACAGUCUCUUGGGAUCACAGCAUUCCUGAAGACAUAAAACAAAAAAUACAGCCUAAAGAGGUUCCAGCAGAAAGUGUUACUGUCUGGAUCGAUCCGUUAGAUGCUACACAAGAAUACACAGAGGAUCUUCGGCAGUACGUCACGACAAUGGUUUGUGUGGCUGUAAAUGGUAAACCAGUAAUAGGAGUGAUACACAAGCCAUUCUCAGCAUAUACAGCCUGGGCAAUGGUGGAUGGCGGGUCAAACGUAAAAGCUCGUUCUUCCUACAAUGAGAAAACUCCAAGGAUUAUUGUAUCCCGCUCCCACGCAGGAAAAGUUGAACAGGUUGCACGGCAGACAUUUGGAAAUAAGACUGUGAUAAUCCCCGCUGGUGGAGCAGGUUAUAAAGUGCUAGCCCUCCUUGACGUGGCUGAAAAGAAUCAAGAAGAAGCUGACGUGUAUAUCCAUGUCACGUACAUUAAGAAGUGGGACAUAUGUGCUGGAAAUGCAGUGUUGAGAGCAUUGGGUGGCCAUAUGACUACCCUGACUGGUGAAGAAAUUAGUUACACUGGCUCAGAUGGCAAUGAGGGAGGACUUAUAGCCAGUAUCAACAUGAACCAUAAAGCACUAAUUGAAAAACUUCCAGAUCUGGAAAAAACAUCACAUAAAUAAACUUGACUGAUGGAAAAGUACAAGUUGUGCUUUUGUAGCCUCCAAAUGCUCUGUCUGAAGAAGCAGGUGUGGAAACCUGCUGGGAAAGAUGCACAGCAAAGCAGAGGAGUUUGGUGUGGGUUUGGGGACUAUAUCGUGCAUUGGGUUUCUUCAGUGGUGGUAUUUAAAAGAGAAUAAAAUAAUAAUAAUCAUAAGUAGGAAGGGGACUGACUGCCUCAUGCCUCAGUUUCCACAUUUUUUUUUUUCAGACUGUUUUCAUGCAGUUCUUAUAUUCAAGGUGCAUAUACAUUAUAUAUUGGUGAACGUAGGUAAACUAAAGAAAAAUGCAAAUUUAUUCAUAAAAUAACCUAAGUAGUUCUCACAGGAGUUUCUUGGAACCUUUUACAUCUUGUUACUGUAGUUGUAGCAACUCCAUAAUGAAUAUGUAGGAAAAGUUGAUUUGUAUAGGUAUCUGAUAAUUCUGUGAACGAUUUAGCAGGAACCAUGACCCUGUGUUCUGUAUCCCCUGAACAGAAAGCACAAGAAGGUUGACACAAAUUUAUGUGCAGCAGCAGUUUAUCUCUGACAGUGUGGUGCUCCUUCUGCUUUUUAAGAGGAAAAAAAGAAAUGUUCUGUACUAUUUUGACUUUUUUCCUGAAGAUGUAAACCAGUUUAGUUCAGAUGGGUUGUGAAUAUCAGUGUUUUAUUAAUCAGUGUAAUUAUUUCCAUAUACCUUUUUAAAAGAAGGCAACAUUUCCUUGUAUAGUUUUUAACAGUUACUACUUGUUCUUGAUUUCUGCGUACAGUGUUGAAGAUGCAUGCUAGAUUUUUCUCUAAUGUAGGACUUGUUCAUCAUUUGGUGUUUGUGCCUAGAGAAGCAGCCUCUUCCUUCAGUACCUGGUUUUUUUUUUGAAGAUUAUUUUUUUUUUUUUCCCCUUGCAUAGAGUGAUAUGAAAUGAAUCUGACAGAAACAGUGAGUUGAUUGUUGUUUCCAUUUACAACGUGAGAUACAAAUCAGCAGUUUUUCUACAACCCCAGGAAUAACUUUCUGUCUUUUUAGGUUAAGGAGUGCUGUUUUGCGCAGGAAGCCCUUGAGCCAUCCCAAACAGUUUGCAGUUGCUUGGUUUCUGGAAAUUUACAUAGAGAGAGACCCUUUGAACUUGAAUCUGUUUGAGCAAGUUUGAAGAACGUGUGGCACUUGAAGUACAGCAGGGUCUGCAAAACUUGACCCAAAAAGUGUUCUUUGUCAAUCCAAUAUGCACAGAACAGAACAUGAGCCCUUUGAUACCAAAUGACAAUUUGUUGCACCUCUAAAGUAUGUGGACUUCUAGCUGUAAAAGUGUACCCAUCUGUAUUGUUUUUCUCUGCAUCCCUCUGAAAGGUUUCAGAAGGUUAAAAUACGUCUGUUAUUUAAAUUGUCAGUAGAUAAGCCUCCCACCUCUCCUCAAGAAACCUAAAUUCUUAGUUAAUACAGAUGUUUUCCCAGUAUAAGCUUAAACUGUUUAAACCAAAUUCUUAAUUACUUUCAUUUCAACUUCUUUCAUCAUACUGCUGUUCUGAUUAAAAAGAGGUUUUUCUCCUUAUGUCAGUAGCGGAACAUGUCUAGAUACCUCUUCUAACUUUUAGCUAAAGUUCACAUUUCCAAAAGACCUUCUGAGAUGUUGCAUAACUACAGGUACAGACUUAUUUUGUAAACUUACUGGCAAAGUAGACUGAGUCUUAGUACUACUAGCCUUCUGGUACGGGUAGUCUUCUUAGAGAACUGUUUUUCCAAAAUUGACAUUAUUGCUGCUGUUUGAAAAUAGCUUUUACACAUGUAGAUAAUACACAAAGCAACUUAACUUCUAAUUUUUAAACUUAAUAAACUACUAUAUACUAUGACAAGUAAGUGAAUCUGCCCUUUUUAAAAAGGGUUGGAUCUGUUUUGAAAAACUUGUUGAGCUGCCAGACCUCAGUGAAGAAUAAAAAUCCAGAUAUUUAUCAAAGCUUUAGUAAUAUUUUACAAGAAGACUGAACGUUUUUUUUUCUUUCAGGCUGAUUUAAAUGACUUAAAGCCUAAUUAAAAAAAGCAGCUCUUCUGUUUAUUAGUUAAAGAACAUGGAUUGUAAUUUAAAUAUGAGGAAUUGCCAUAGUUAACCUAGCAUAAAAACCUGAUUGUGUCACAGAGGUUGAAUGCACAGUAUUUAAAUAGGUAAUCGAGACAAAGUCUGUGACAGGCUGUGGUUUUAGAGUCAGGCUGAAAUCACAUAUAAACUUACCUUGUGCAAAUGUGACUGCUUUUAUUUUGGGUACGAUUCUAUUACUUCCUUGCAUAAGCUGUGAUCAGACUUAGCUUCUAUAUGAGAAAUGAAAAGUAAGGUAAUGUUGCAUAUUGUACAAGGGCUUACUUGCAUCUUAGUUGAAGGUGUAGAGCAGUAAACGAAAGUAUUUGCCUGAGUUAUUUUUCCUUAGGAAGAUAAGAUACAAAGAAGAACUUCAGCUCUCCUUUUCUUCCUUCCAUAUUCUGGCUAAAAUACCUUCCAUUAGGAAGACAUAAGCUUUAUUGCAGUGAAUCAGUGUUUAGUACCUUUCACAGUGGGCCCUGUUGGCCCAAUCUCACUUCGUGUGAAAAUGAAGAAAAGGUGGGGGUGAGGUGCUCAUUUAAUUACUUCUGGUAGAGCCUAAGCUCAUACACCUUUCCCACAGCUAAGGCCUAAGGUUGUGCUUGGGGUCCCCCAGUCGAGUUUAAAGAGGAGCUGCUUUGAUAUUAGAAUAGGUAAGCACCUGGUGAAUAUCAAUUUCUGAUGACAUUUUACAAUAAAUACAACUCUUAUGCAGACCAGCAAGUAUUUGAAAGUGCUUGCAUAGUGCAUGCGUGCCAGUGCACUUCGACAUUUGUUUGUAUAGUGUUAACACUCAUUAUAUCCUGGUUUUUUGACUACGUUUACAUUCCAUUCUAAAACAUUUUGCUAAUCUGGCUUAAAUAUUUGGUCUCAGUUGUGUGGAUGUGACUUAAGCUUAUGCCCAGAGUGGUACGAAAUCAUACUGUACCCAUGUCUCAUUCCUGGGCUAGAACAUUGUUCUUCACAUUCUAGCCUUUUCCAUUUAAAACUGUCCUACUAUUUUUAGGGAUGCUACUUAAAACAAUCGCAUGGUGUAGGUGAGACUUACAAAAGUAUGUAUUUUCUAAAAAUUUUAAUUAAAAAAAUUUAUUGUAUCAUUUUAGCUGUGAACAAGGGAAUUAAGAGAAUGUAUUGUUUUAACAUUGGUUUUCCAAUGGUGGAUUUUUUUGAGUGACUAGUAUGAUUAAGCUAAUUGCAAACAAAAUUCUAAAGCCGUAUGUAUUUUAUCUUUUUCAUUCUGCUGAAACAAGUGGAUGGUAGCAUAGAUGAUACCUUGUAAUGUACCAGGAGUACCUAACUUUCAUUCCUUGAAUGAAUGUUUUCUAAAUAAAUGGAUGCAGAAAUAAAAGGCUUGAAUAUUGUAUUUAACUGGUUUCAAGCUUAACCUAUGUGCCAGAUUUCUGCAGAUGGACUUAUAAAAGAGCUGUUUGUUCUGAUCUACAGAACACAAUAAUAAUGAAACUAUUUAGCAGAGAUGGCUUAUUUGGAUAGUGAAUUAACCAUAUAGGUGAAGCUGCAAAGUCAUCUAGUGAUGAUGAUUCAUAUAUUUGCUUUUACUUCAUGGUCAUUAGAGCGGACAGAUUUUUCUAAUUGGCUUCAGGUGCGAAAAGAGAUAUUUUCUUCUAAAAUGGCCAGUGGUUGGAGGUCAGAGGCAUGGAGGGGAGUGAGCACUGGAGUUCAUCUCUGCUUUUUUUGUUUGUAAGCAAAUGUACCCCAACAUCUUUGUAGCAUCCUCUUAAUUGUUGGAGCUGUACAACAGUGGUGCAAUACUGUAUACUCCUGGUUUAAUAGUGCAAAACCAAAGGAGUCUGCGUCCCCCAAGGACAGUGCAGUGAGAAGUGACUGUUGUGCUGGGCCUUGUCUGUGUUAUGCCAGCCGUGGCUGGCUGCUUCGUUGUCUCGUGUGUGUUGCUCCAGUUGCAGUUUCUCUGAUGGCAAAACUGCUUUUGUAGGCCACUGUCUCCCCAGUUACAGCCAACCCCUUUGCGGAUCUGUUUUCUGAGGUAAACUAGAGGAGCAGAGAGGAAAGCAGAUGGCUGUGCUGGAGAAAUUGUAACAGAGAUCACUUAUUUCUAUGUCUUAAUUUAAAUUACAUUGAUAGUUUCAUAUUUCUUGUCCUUCAGGGGUUAGGUAACCAUACAGUUAAGAUUUAGUGGACCACAGAUAAAUGCCUGCAUGAUUUUAAGACCGAGCAGCAUGAGGGUGGGGAAGGCUGUCUCUAAUGAAGGAGAAUCUGGAUGAAUGGCUUCAUGUCAGGUCUUUCACACUGAGCCUGUUUUCCGUGCUUUGUUGUAGAGAUUUAGGCCCUUUCACACAAACAGUUACAGAUUUGACUUUGCCAAAAUAUCAUUUGUGGUCUAUGUUCUGACUUGGUAUCCUCAAUGAUAAAACUGCACUAGAUCCACUUCACUGUAACGUAACUCACUGAGACAAGACUCUGGUAACCAAGGACUCAAAGGUUACUUGACUUUUGAACCCCACCGUCUGUAAAUGAAGUGCUAGCAUCUGCUGCAGGUGUCUUCCCACCCCACAAACAGGUAGUGCCAUGCAAGGGUUGUUUCAAGAAGCUGUUGAAGCCUUAUACUUCAUGAUUUUGAGAGAUGCCACAGCAGCUCUUUCAGCCUUUCUGAGAGAGGUUAAGAGGCGCUCAUCCAAUUUCCUUCUGAGGCUCCCUCUGGAACUGGCAAUUAGCAUCCACUUUUCCCUUUGUUGUUUCUCAUUUCUCUGUUCCUUCCUGAUCCUUACUCCUUUCUUAAUCCAUGUGAACAAGAAAAAUGAGAGCUCGGAGGUGGAAACAGUUGCAGAACAAGAGAGACACAGCCUCAAACUAUCCAGUUUAUCCUCAGACUGUUGAUGUUUGGGACCAAGGUCUAAGGUGCUGAUCCUACCAAAAGUGUGAUAGAUGCCAACAAAAUAAAGGCAUCUUGAAGAGUGGUUUGUGUGAUUGGUGGUACUGGACGUGCAGAAAAGAUGCAAAUGGACUAAGGAGAAGUUAAACUCUCUUAAAAAGGAGGAGAAAAAAAACAGCUUUUCAGUGUAAUGUUAUAAGCAUUUGGCAUUUCUGUUCCACUGGGUGCAGAGCUUCGUUGCUUAUGAAAGAGGCUCCACUGGCCCUCUCUGAAAGGCCUGAUUUUGCUGAAGUCAGUAGCAGCAUUCCCACGGAAUUCAAUGUGAGCAGAAGCAAGCCAGAUAAAACAGAAACAGUAAAUUAAGCUAAGUUCUGAAAAGCUCAGCUUCUGCCAAUAGAGAAAACAACCUAGGUUGUGUUAAACUCGCCUCUGGCAGCUUCAGUCUACAUUGCUAGAGAGUUUGGAAACAUCACCCCAGUGGCUUGAGGUUAUAAAUCUUUCAGAUUUUUUUUUUUUUUUAUGGUCUACAGCUGAUAGAGCCUACUUUCAGAUAAUACUGUUUUCAACCCCAGUUGUUCCUUAUCUGUAAUUCACAUUUCUUUUUUCUGCCCAAAGGACCAGCAACACUCCAGCAAUUUUCCUGUUGACCCACCAAAUUGUAUUCGCAUUUUCCAGUUGUGUGCCAAAUUGAAAUAAGAAUUCUAUAAAUAAACUCUCUGAAAAUA